AUGUCGGACUCUGUGGAUCGCGUCUUCGUCCAUGCCCUCAAUACAGUCAAAAGGAUUCCUCGGACGGGCACCGCGCGCCCUCCGGCGGCUGAGCGUCUGAAGCUUUAUGGUUUGUAUAAGCAGAGUAUGGAAGGGGACGUGGAAGGUGUGAUGGAUCGUCCGAUUGGGAAUACCUCGGAGGUGCACGCGGAGUGCGAGAAGUGGGAUGCCUGGUAUGCGCAGCGCGGUCUCACGCGCACCGAAGCCAAACGUCGAUAUAUCGGCACUUUAAUCGACACGAUGCACCAAUAUGCUUCUCAGACCCCCGAAGCCCGCGAGUUAGUAUCCGAGCUUGAAUUCGUCUGGGACCAGAUUAAAUAUAACGCCUCCUCAUCAUCAUCUUCAAGUCCAUUACAUGCCGUCGGCGUGCCAGCCUUAUCACGACACGAGGGUAGUUCGUACGGAAGCAUAGGAGGCCGACUAGCAGGGUCGACAGAUGCAUACGAUAGACCCAACCGAGCAGAUGAUGGUCGAGAUUCAAAGCUUCGCGUCUUGAGCCCCGUUAGCCAGCCCGAAGAAGAAGAGUACUACCGUCGGCGCCGGUCAAUGGAUGUUGAGGAUCCGGCGGAGAUAGAUGAUGAAGAAGACGAGGAAUUUGAAGAAGCACGCGACAGUAUCUACGAAGAAGCAGAUGCCGCAAGCACAAACACAGGUCUCCGCUCUGAAACGGAACAUACAUCUCACAGCCACGACCGACGACAACAGCCCACUAGCAUGGACGGGGCCAGCUGCGUCGAAAGCCCCAGAAACUCACGGCGCGACUCAAAUGACGUACAGCCAAAAGAUAGCCGGUGGCGACGGCGCGUCGAGCAAGCUUUAACCAAGAUGACGGCGGAAAUCGCAGCAGUCCGUGAACAAAUGGAGUCGCGCACAUUAGCGCACCGACGUCGAUCAGGCGUUUGGGCGUGGUUGAAGUGGAUUCUGUGGACUGUCGUGCGCCAAAUUGUGUGGGAUUUGGCGCUGUUAGGCGUGAUUCUGAUUGUGAUGCGUGUACGCGGCGAUCGGAGACUUGAACAUCGUUUGCGUGGUGGGUGGAAAGAGCUUAAGGCUAGGCUGGGCCGCUUUAAGCUUCUUAAGAAAGUCGGCGAUGCUCCUCUCCUUCCUUAG